UUUAUUCAGCUGCUAGUAUCCAACAACAUUCGACCAUUGAAAAGUAGUCAAUGUCGGGGACGCUUGACACAGAGAAAUUGAUAUGGUAAUACAGUAACUUCUAGAACAGUCCUGUUUGCUCUUCAGUGUCUUCUCCCUGAGGACGAGAAAUACGUCCUUGGCUCAGAGAAGUACGUUUCCGAGAUUUAAAUUUCACUGUUUAUUUUCCCUAACUUCCCUUGGUAUCGUAUUUUAAAAAAAUAAAAGGCAACAAAGCUGCGACAUCGAGAGAUGCGUCAAUUUUUAUGUCGCAUAACACCUCGGCGAGGCAGAUGGUGCAGAGAAUACAACUGAAUAAACAUAGUAAUUAUUUAUCACUUCAAUUCUCUGGCUUUUAAUUUUUGGCGGCAGCCCGUGAGGUCAGCCGACGAAAGGCAGAUGAUUGCGGCAUGCUUCCGAACCUUACAUCAGAAAAACAUUUUCAGUUUCAGUGUUGUUGGGCAGACGAAUUAGCGGGGAAAUCUUGGGAAUUAGCGAAGUCACUCGCUCGGCCGCAACUCGCUUGUGAGCGCAGCAGGUUACGCGAGCAACCAGCAAGAAACGACUUGUGGGCAGGCGGCAAACUGACAACUACUCCGCAGAUGUCGAGGUGCUCUUACAAUAGUCCUUUGUUUAUGGUGCCAAACUAGAGGAUAUUUGAAAUGCAAAACUCCGGCGGCAGCCUAUGAGGUCGAAGGAAGAUAAUACCUGGUGUUUCACGUCCUUCCGCGGUGGCAACUUUGAUUGACAGCCUGGCUACCGCCCUUGAGGGAUGACGGAAGCUGCCGUGUAAUCAUUUUCGUCAGCUUCAAGUCUGCGACCGAAGGAGCCUAAUUCGGACGGCCAAUUCCUUGCCUAUUCCUUCGUCUUUUAAAGACGUAUAAUUAGAUUCCAGCUUAAAUUAACUAAAGAGAGAGUUUGAAAAGCAUUACACUGUUUUGGGUGUAAUGAUGGCUUCCAUGGCAAAUGCAUAUCAAGACUUCUCUAAAAUAAACCAAGAACCUAUGUUGCGCAAAUGUACUCCGUUCUGUGACAAAAAUAAAGAGUGUCCAGAGCACCAUGAACUGUUAGUGGCUAUUAUCAACUGUACAGAUAUGCUGGGGUCCUUGUCAAAUCUUGACAACUUGAAAGAAAGUGUUGACAAAUACACCAAAGGUGGAUGGGGAAAAGACGACGAUGUGCCAGAUGCAGUGUUGGAAAACAGAUGCCCUCUCAUUCACUGGGCAGCAGCAUUGGGCAAGUGUAAUGCUCUAGAGUGGAUGCUUGCCAGUGGAUUUUCUUCCGUGGCAAAAUCAUCAGGAAAAGGUGAAACUGCCCUGCAUCGAGCUAUCCAGCUGUUGUAUAAAUCAAGACCAAAAUUCACAGUGAAAGAACUCAAUCCAAAGUUUGCAAAAAUGGUUGGCCUCUUAAAGGAAGCCCUGUUGAUAAAAGAUGAGUCACAUGAAGAUACUCCUUUGCACACAGCAGCAAAAAUGCUUGUAAAUGGAGAUCACAAACCCAACUUCUUUCUGUCAUGUGUAGAGGUGAUUGUGAACAAAGGCAAGAAGAUGGGGGAUUAUGCAGAUGCCAUUCUGAAUGCAGUUAACAUUGCUGGCGAAACAGUACUGCACAUUUUAGCUCGAGGUGAAAAACACAAAAUUGAAUACUGCACUCAGGCCAUCAGGUCACUUAUUGUUGCUGGUGCAGACAGAAGUAUCCGAAACAAUGAAGGGCAGACAGCCUUAGAUAUUGCACUAAAUGCCAGUGGAUCUGAAUCCAUUGUGGAGGAACUUAUCAGGUUUUUUUUGCAGCAAAUUCAGCAGUUACAAGAAGAGCAAGCUUCAAGCAGUGCAUCCUGCUCAGACUUUUUAGGCAAUUCGCCAUUACUUAAACACCUUGGAGAAGCAGGGUUACUGCAUGAUGUCUCAGCAUUACUGGCAAGGGCUCGCAGUAGAGAUGAGGGAAACCUACGAAAAAUACAAACUCAAGCAAAAGAGUUUGAUGCUCAAAUCAGCACCAAAUUGAAGGAAAUUGAGCGAAUGAAACUGGAAGUGUCGCAGCUUAAACUGAAAAGGAAGAGAUGUGAUAAUGAAGUAGACAGGCUCCACAAGAGACUUAUGUCAUGUGACAAUGCACUAAAGGAGAUCCCAGGCACUCACACUUCAACAGCUCCUAAUGGCAUGUGACUUUGCUCAAUCUGAUGAUACUGGUUAAAAGGGCUGUCUCUUGUUAUUUGGAUUGUCACGCAAUUCUUCUUGGACUUAGUGUUGUGUGACAAUUGAAAUAGUGCCUACUUCUAAAUAUUUGUAUAAAAUAACAAAGUAUGUUGUAGAAAUUUGACACAGAAUUUCCUAAUUUCCAUAUUCUUAAUGUACAAAGCUCUUUUAUUUCAUACAAUGCAAAAGCCACUACACCAUGUAAUUUAUACGUCAUUGGAUGAUGCAAGGCAACAAGAUUUUAGCUUUAUAUUUAUUUAAAUGGGGUUGGUAGGGUGCACAGUGAAAUAAUGAGAAAUGCAUUUUAAUAUAUCAUUAGCUCCAUGGGUUCAUGAUAUAGUCCAGUGUCACUACUGUUAAUACGUGCUUCCAUAACUUUUUCAGUCUUCCUACUUUCCUCCCUCCAUGAGGGUUCAUUAAGAGUCAUAUGUUUUGUCAAUGUUCUACAAGAAAGUCAACGCGAGGUUUAACUAAGAAUUAAACUGUGAGCUUUUGGAUUGUUGACAGGAACCGAGAACAAGUAGAUGAGACGUCACAAGACUUGUUUCUAAAAUAUUUACGUUUAUGGUAAAAGGCAAUGCCUGUUUCUACCCGUCUUACCUCCGGUAAAUGUUAAAAUAAUCGAACUUUUGAGUCGAUUUGGUAAAGGUUCCUCAGUUGUGUUGUUUGCGUACCUGUCCAGAGCCUAAACGUCUUAUGUUAUUUGUCUUGCUAAUAAUUUGCCGUACAAUUCCGAACGAAAGUCUUAUUUCCAGCUCAAGAAAGUUGAUGUAAAUAUGAAUUCAAAGUAUGUAAUAAAUUUUAUUGCUCAAGAAGAGUACUUUAACUGGAAAUAAAAUAGAUUUUUUUA